AUGGAGAGCGAUGGGGGAGGAUGGAGGAAUGAUGAACUCAUGCAGGCACUUACCGACGAAGAAACUGCUGCGGUGCACCGUGUGUACUUGGCAGCAAGUGACCAACACGAUUUCCUAAUGUGGGAGCAUACCAAAAGUGGAGACUUCACCGUUCGCAGCGCCUAUCAUCUUGAGAUGCAACGUCAAAGUGGGAAUGAAGGAGCCUCAACCCCUGACCCAAAAACUCCGCUAUGGAAGAGAAUUUGGGGAGCAGGCGUGCCCCAAAGAGUUAAAAAUCUAGUGUGGAGAGCGAUGAGAAAUGCCCUGCCCACAAUGCACACCUUAGCAAGCCGUGGAGUGCCAAUUGAUCCUCGAUGUCCUAGGUGUGGCGAGAGUGCGGAAACGAUGGAGCAUCUAGUGCUGCAGUGUGAAGAUAGUAAGAUGCUAUGGCUUACCUCCCCUGCCCGGCUGAGUGAUGAGAAUAGGGAGUGCGAGUCUUUUACUGAAUGGUGUAUAACAAUGUCAAAGAAGUGCACUAUGCAUCGAGCCUGGGAGAUCCUCAUGAUGUUCAUUUGGAAAGCAUGGAGUUUGAGAAACAUGUGGACCUUCGAAAGGAAAAGAGUCAGCACCAGGAUUGCUUGCGACAAAACGAUGAUGCUCCUGGGAGAGUACGAAGCAGCGUUGGUACGUGACGAGACCCCCAAGCCUCCAAUUGAACCACAAGAAUGCAGGUGGCAGACCCCUACACUAGCCCCAUACAAACUGAAUAUUGACGCAGCGGUGCGGGAAGGGAUGAUAGGUUUGGGAAUGGUGGUUCGUGAUAGAGAGGGUGACACUCUAAUGACUGCAGGAAGGAAAGUAGCCACGGACUGUUUGGCCCUUCAAGCUGAGGCAGAGGCUAUGUACUUCGGACUCACUUAUGCUUUCGAUGCAGGAUACCGAAGUGUGGAAGCUGAAUCUGAUUGUUUGCAGCUCGUGCAACUGCUACGAACAGAACACAGAAUGAGGAACGCAACUCAAAGACCAUGUAACAAGGUUGUGCAUGCCAUUGCACGCUCUUCCCUCUCAAUGAGCGAAGAGACCGUGUGGAUGGAUGAUCAACCUGAUAAUAUUUCUGCUCUUGUCACCUCUGACAAGGCUUCCCUCUCUUAA